CUAUAGCACAUGCGUCAUGCUACCAAGCUUCGGUUGGUCAGCUGACUCGCUGUCAAAGCACGCCGUCGGUCCUACCCGCACGCAUACACAUACAUACGAUUAAAGGCCGUAGUGCGUAAAUGGCGAACGAACGGUCGCGUUCGCGCCUUUCGCGACUUGGUGGGGUCGGGAGAAGCGGCGAGUGUCAAAGUUUGUCGACGCCAAAGGCUUUUAUCGACAACCAAUCCGCUGCGCGAGGUCUAUGAACGGGAACGUUGAGGUCCGAGCCGAUUAGAAGACGUAGCCGGCGCGAGAUCGAUCGGCAAGCUUUAGUGUGAUGUCGGGUUGCGAAUUAACACGCAAGUGAGUGUCCGCGGCACUCAUCUCCGUCUUCCGGAUCCGAUCCAUCCUCGUUUUCUCACCCCGGGCUCUUCUUGCAGGGCUAAUCAUACCGGUUUUUUUUACGAAAUCGGAACUUGCAAAGAGCGGAGUCGCGAUACAUUCAGCUGUGUAUGUGUUGUAAAUCAAACGUGCGUGGAACAAAGUAACUUCAAUCAUGGUGGAAGGUGGAAAAAAUAGCAUGCAGAACGGACUGCUUAGUAAUGGAAUUAGCGGGAAGAACUCGGCGGUGCGGCUGCAGAUGGUGCCGAUGCAACCAAAGACGAUCACGCAUUUGCCGAAGAGGCCACCGGUCGACCUGGCAUUCACCGAUCUUACGUAUAAGGUCCGAGAAGGCCGCAAAAAUAAUUCGAAAACAAUCCUCAAAUCCGUCAGCGGCAGACUGCGCUCCAGCGAACUAACGGCUAUUAUGGGCCCUUCAGGCGCUGGAAAAUCAACGCUCUUAAAUAUCCUCACCGGAUACAAGACGUCAAGUGCAGAAGGCAGCAUCACGAUAAAUGGCCAGGAAAGAAACCUCAGUGCCUUCAGGAAACUCUCCUGCUACAUCAUGCAGGAUAAUCAACUUCAUAUGAACCUAACGGUAGCGGAAGCUAUGAAGGUUGCAGCGAGCCUUAAGCUUGGCUCACACGUUAGUCAAGGAGAGAAAGAAGAAGUGAUCCAGGAAAUCCUUGAAACUCUCGGCUUGUCUGAACACCGCCGUACUAUGACCUCGAACCUGAGUGGCGGUCAAAAGAAAAGGCUCUCCAUCGCACUAGAGUUAGUGAACAAUCCUCCUAUAAUGUUUUUCGACGAACCGACUAGCGGUCUGGACUCCUCAUCCUGUUUUCAAUGCAUCUCAUUACUGAAAACUUUAGCACGUGGCGGCAGAACGAUAAUUUGUACAAUUCAUCAGCCUAGUGCAAGACUUUUCGAGAUGUUCGAUGCUCUCUACACAUUAGCCGAAGGUCAAUGCGUUUAUCAAGGUUCUACAUCACAGUUGGUGCCUUUCCUAAGGACAAUUGGCCUCAAUUGUCCGAGCUAUCACAACCCAGCAUCGUUUAUCAUUGAAGUGUCGUGCGGCGAAUAUGGUGACAAUAUCAAGAAUUUAAUUAACGCGAUAAACAACGGCAAGUACGAUAUACGUGAAGGACACCCGUUACCCGAGACGAAAGAGGGAAUGAACAAUUGCACUGCUGCGACGGGUAUAUUGAAAAACAGCGAUAACUUGGACAAAGCGAAGAUCAAAGACAAAAACGAUAUCAGUAAUCUGCAGGAAAAGUUCCCGGAGGAGAAAAACGAAAUUAAUAAUGGAAAACUCAUUCAUGGCUACGCUACAUACAACAUUGCUAAGCAAGCGUUGGAUGUGGCAAUACCAAUGGAUUCGGAUAAGAAGGACAAUGCUAACAUAGCUCUGCUCGAUGAAUCAAUCGUAGUCACACCUGAGAGAUAUGCGACAUCCGAGUUCAAGCAAUUUUACAUCAUUCUGAAGCGCGCCUUACUUUUCAGUCGUAGAGAUUGGACUCUCAUGUAUCUCCGACUUUUCGCUCAUAUUCUAGUAGCAGGGCUAAUCAGUGCAUUGUAUUACGAUAUCGGAAACGAUGGCGCCAAAGUACUUAGUAAUCUGGGUUUCUUGUUCUUCAACAUGUUGUUCCUCAUGUAUACUUCCAUGACAAUCACAAUUCUGUCCUUUCCGCUGGAACUGCCUGUACUUUUGAAAGAAAACUUCAACAGAUGGUACUCCCUGAAGUCGUAUUACUUGGCGAUUACCAUUUCGGAUCUACCGUUCCAGACUGUAUUUUGUAUAUUGUACGUCACCGUCGUGUACUUCCUAACGAGUCAGCCAGCGGAUAUAACGCGAUUCUCCAUGUUCUUGGGCACCUGUUUAUUGAUAUCUUUUGUUGCGCAAUCAGUGGGUCUCAUGGUAGGUGCAGCGAUGAACGUGCAGAACGGCGUGUUCCUCGCGCCGGUGAUGUCGGUGCCUUUCCUCCUCUUCUCAGGAUUUUUCGUCAGCUUCGACGCGAUUCCGGUCUAUCUACGAUGGAUCACGUACCUUAGUUACAUCAGAUACGGUUUCGAGGGAACCGCUUUGACCAUUUACGGCUUCGGCCGAGAGAAACUAAAGUGUUUCCAGGUAUAUUGCCACUUCAAGGAUCCGGAGACGACUCUGGAGGAAUUGGACAUGCUUGACGCUGACUUUACUUUGGAUAUUCUGGCUCUCCUGCUCAUCUUUGUCGUGCUGCGAAUUGCCGCGUUUCUUUUCCUGCGUUGGAAGAUUAAGACCGUCCGAUAGACCAUCAGUAUGUAUAAACAUUGUAAAAUCAGAUGUGGUUACAAGUUGUGCUAGUUAACACAAGUGUUUUACCAUCUAUCGCGUAGAACCUCGCAGGCAAAAACGGACGCAAUUUUUCGUAAUCUCGUAAAUUAUAUUCUAAAAUGGCGAUACGAAGACUCGGUUCCGGUGUCUUGCGACAAUAACAAUCAAGAUAUAAGGAACUUUACGCGAACAAUGGAUUCUCGCGACACUUCUCGGUGAGAACUAUUCAUUGUUAAAGAGGCAUUAGUACAUUUCGAAAGUAUCACGAAGUAUGAUCUACUUUUUGUCACAUUUUAGGGUUGCUAAAGUUUAGUUGAUAAUAGGACCAAUACCAAUGUAACUUAUUUAUAUCCUUAAUUUAAUAACGACGACGGCUGGUAGUUACGAUUGCAACAUUUGUCCAGGGUACUAUUCUAUACUAUAUAUAUGUAUACGUAUACAUAUACAGGGUGUCCGCAAAGCGCUCUAAUAAUCGGGCUAAACAGUCAAAAGAGGACUUUUCAGUUUAAUCCACUCUACUUAUAUAAGGGCUUUGUCAAAACUUAUUGAACACCCUGUAUAUUCGAAAUAUACUAUAUAUCUUCCCUUUUUUACUGUGUCGGUACUCUCUAAAUCUUUUAGAAUGAAUCUCACUCUGAAGAGUCAGUUUCAAAGAUUGAAAAUCACUCUUUCAAGACUUUUUCAAAAAUAAGAUUCCACUCCAAAAAAUUUAGAGAGUAUGUAUAUUUUCGUUAGAACAUAAUCAAGUAUUGAUCUUGAAUUUAUAUAGUCAACUAAAAUUUAAGCAUUAAAUUCAAGCGUAAAAUCAGCACGAUCGUACAGUGACUUAAGAUAUUAUCAAUUAUUUGGAAUAUAUGCCAAAAAUCUAGAAUUGUUUUGAAUAUCAGCC